CUGAGAGAAAGAGCACCGGUGAGGGUCCUCUCCUCCCCGGCUCCUAGUCAUGACACUGUGUCUAGGGGUAUAAAUAGAUCCACUCCUCCCCAAACCUACUGUACGUCUGGUGGCAACCGCUUGGUUUUAUAGGUCCUGAUGAUGGCGACGCUAGUGGAGUCGGCAGACAUAGAGCCUUCCUGCAGUAGUAAAGCCAUUGAAUCUCCCCCAUCUUCCAGUUUUUCGCACAGAUUUCUCGACAACAAAUUUUACCUUCUUGUUGUUAUUGGAGAAACCGUUUCAGAGGAACAUCUGAAAUGUGCCAUUGCGGACAUAGAAAGGGGAAUCCGCUCUUGGGACACAAAUCUCAUCGACUGCAACUUGGACCAGGAACUCAAGCUUUUUGUUUCUCGGCACUCAGCGCGAUUUUCCCCUGAUGUUCGAGGUCAGAAAAUACUCCAUCAUAAAAGCAAUGUCCUAGAAACAGUGGUGUUAAUCAAUCCUUCGGAUGAAGCUGUCAGCACUGAGGUACGAUUGAUGAUCUCUGAUGCCGCCAGGCACAAGCUGCUGGUACUAUCAGGACAGUGUUUCGAAAACACAGGCGAGCUCAUUCUUCAGUCUGGCUCAUUCUCUUUUCUGAACUUCAUAGACAUUUUCACUGACCAAGAGAUUGGUGAGCUCCUAAGCACCACGCAUCCAGCAAAUAAAGCGAGUCUGACCUUAUUCGGCCCUGAAGAAGGUGACUGGAAAAACUCAAACCUCGAUAAACACAAUCUGCAAGAUUUCAUUAAUAUGAAGUUGAACUCUCCUCUGAUACUCCCAGAAAUGGAAGGUCUCUCCGAAUUUACAGAGUACUUGUCUGAGUCUGUGGAGAUUUCAUCACCAUUUGAUAUGCUGGAGCCACCAACCUCAGGCGGAUUCUUAAAGCUGUCAAAGCCAUGCUGCUACAUUUUCCCUGGCGGACGAGGAGACUCCGCCCUGUUCGCCGUCAAUGGGUUCAACAUGCUAAUCAACGGCGGUUCCGAUCGUAAAUCCUGUUUCUGGAAACUGGUCCGACACUUGGACCGGGUGGACUCCAUUUUGCUGACGCACAUUGGAGAUGAUAACCUGCCAGGCAUUAAUAGCAUGCUUCAGAGGAAAAUCGCAGAGCUAGAGGAAGAACAGUCUCAGGGUUCCACAGCUAACAGUGACUGGAUGAAAAAUCUAAUUUCGCCUGAUCUGGGUGUUGUGUUCCUAAAUGUUCCUGAAAACCUUGAAAACCCAGAACCCAACUACAGGGUAAGACGAAAUAUUGAAGAGGCAAGUCUCACCUUACAAUACUUGAAUAAGCUAUCAUUAAAGCCUGAGCCUCUGCACAGACCUGUCGGGAAUACAAUAGAGCCUAUAAUACUGUUUCAGAAAAUGGGUGUUGGCAAGUUGGAAAUGUAUGUGCUUAACCCAGCUAAAAACAGCAAAGAACUGCAGUAUUUCAUGAAACAAUGGACAGGUAGUGAGAAAGACAAUGCAUCAGUGUUGUUUCCAAAUGGAAUGGAGUCUGAGAUCCCAGUUUCCUAUCUGACUUCUAUUUCUUCAUUGAUAGUGUGGCACCCAGCCAGCCCCACAGAAAAGAUCGUGCGCGUUUUAUUUCCUGGAAAUGCUACACAACAUAGUAUUCUCGAAGGCUUGGAAAAACUCAAACACCUAGAUUUCCUGAAGCAACCCGUAGUUACUCAAAAGGAGCUAUCUUCGAACUUGGCACCAGCAUUGAAGCAAGCAAAACUGAAACACAAAACCGACAGCAAAGAAAGUCUUAAGUCAAUCUCAAGGCCUUCUUCAGGUCGAGGUGUUAGAAAAGAAGCUAAAGAAGAGGCCCCAGAGAAAGCAGCCGACUCUGAGGCAGCACAGGAAAAGAUCCACAACGGCGAGAAGAAAGAAAAACCUGUGAAAAAAGAAAAGGCAAAACCGCAGAUAGAUACCACGGUGAAAGCAGAGCAGGCACCAGAAACACCAGAGAAAAAGAAAUCUGAAAUUAAGCCAAAAACGCCAAAGGAAAAGGUAUUUAAGAAAGAAACUGCAAAGAUUUCUGAAAAGAAAGCUGAGGAAAAGGACGCUAAGAAGGGUGUGCUUAAAGAUGAGGUCAUACAGCCUAAAAAGGAAGAAAAGGUAAAAGACAUAAAGUCUAAGAAGGAGGAGAAGGUGAAGAAGGGAGAGCAGAAGAAAGAGGUUAAGAAGGAAAGCAAAAGUGAUGUCAAACAGGAUUCUGCAAAGGAUGCUAAAAAAGAAGAAAAGAAGGAGAUAAAGAAAGAGGAGAAAGAGGUAAAGAAAGAUGUAAAAAAGCUGUCAAAAGAUGUGAAGAAGACUUCAUCUGCGGCGGCAGAUGCCAAAAAGUCAGGGCUAAAACCAAAAACUCCGAAGAAGGAUGAUGUAUCAAAGAAGGAGACUGUGACCACAGGAAAACCCAAAGAAAAGGGAAAAAUAAAAACCAGCAAAAAGGAGACUAAGCCAAGCGAACCAACGGUUCCAGUUGUGCCUCCGUCUUCAGUUGGGGAAACCACAACUCAUCAAGUUGCUGAAGCUCUUGCAGCAGAAAGGUCAUUAAUGUCUUCGCCAGAGGACCUCACAAGAGACUUUGAGGAGCUCAAAGCAGAGCAGACUACAGAGCAGGAUCAGAGAGUAUCUCUCCAGCCAGAGUCAACUGAGGUAAUUAAACAUGAAGAAAUUGUUCUCUGCAAGGAAUCACCAGAAGCAGAUGAACGUGCAGAAUCCUUGGAUGAGGGAAUAACAACAACUGAGCCAGAAGGAGAGAGUGGAGAGACCCCUGAUGAACUGGAGCCUAAAGUAAAAAUGCAUGUUGAUACUAAUGAGAAAUUUGAUGACGAGGGCACAGGGCUGGAGGAGUCCUCAGAGGCUGGAGACUAUGACGAAAAGGGAGAGACUGAAGAAGUAGAUGAGCACCAAGUUCAGGAGGAAAGGAGAGACAGUCAGGAUCACGCUAAACACAGUGAAGACGAGGUGUCUCCAAAUAAGGAAGAAGCAGGUGAAGAUGUAGCGAUGUCUGAAAAAGAAGGGGAAACUAAAGAUGAAAAUAUUAGAGGUAUGGAAUAUGACUUACACUAUGAUAAACUGAGUCAUGAAAAGGACUCAGAAAUGGCAGAAAUGGAUGAGAUGUUGCAAAAAAUCCCAGUUUCCACUACUCUAAAAAUGUCAAUUCUUCAGUAUCCUUCAACUGAGCAUGUUUCAUUUGAUGGUGAAACUCUUCCUGUAGGGUCUGAGAGUGAAGUAGCAUCUGAUGAAGAAAAUCGAGAUGAGCCCCCAGAGGAGUAUACAGCCACAUCUGGUUACACCCAGUCCACCAUUGAGAUUUCCAGUGUGCCGACACCUAUGGAUGAUAUGUCAACACCAAGAGAUAUUUUGAGUGAUGAGACCACUAAUGAUGAAACUGAGUCUCCCUCUCAAGAAUUUAAAUAUGGGGUAGUCAUAUCAUCAGUUGACCUUGAUAUAGAAAAACUUUCUCAACUUCAGGACAGUCCCGAGUCUGACCAGUCGAAAAGUGAUGCUACUGAAGGGAAAGAUUAUCAGGCGUCAGCUUCAACAAUUUCACCCCCAUCAUUGUUAGAGGAGGACAAAUCUUGCAAGGAGUUUGAAGGUGAACUCAGGAUUAAGACAGAGAAAGAGGGAGGGUAUAGAUCAGCACUGGGAAAUCCAAAUCAGUUUACUCUUGAUACAACAAAACUUACUCCUGCUGCACAUUCACCAGUUAUAAAGACUCCAACCAGCGAUCGAAGUGUGAAUUUUGAUUUAACGCCAACUGCUAUUGCACCACCAAUUGAAUUAGGCACAACUCUUUCAGGGAUACCAAGUGAUGUGGCAGAGCCAUCAAUUAGCCCAGAUGAUAAGACAUUAGAAGGUGCCUCUUCCUCACAGUCUGCUCCUGGGAGUCCUGGUCAUACACCUUAUUAUCAAUCACCUGUAGAUGAAAAAUCUUGCGCACUAGAAAAUGAUACUGAUGUGAAAACAGAUGGUCCAGUUAUUGUUGAGGUUACAAGCGACAAAGAUGAUUCACCCAGCAAAACGAGUCCUACGGAUAAACCUCUUGUUGAUAGUGCAUCUCCAACUGAGAAGCUGCUGUGUACUCUAUCUAGCCCAACACAAUCGGGAGCUGAUUUGCCAGAAGUGUCAGGUGCAGGUGUAGAUGAAAAGGCAGUAUUUAAUAUACGUCAGUCCCCAGGAGAGAUAAGACAUGAUGAUAAGAUGUCUCCUCAGGCUUUAAGUCCCAUAGGUGCGGGUCCUUCAAUCGUAUCUAUUGAAACAACAGUUAAAAAUGAACCUACAGAAGACAUUAAAACAGCACAAAAUAAAGAAGAAUGCAUUACUGAAAGUAAUGAUGGACUGAUGAAAACCUCCAAAGAGAUGUCACCAACAUUAGGAGAUCCCACACCAAUUGGAGGAAUAAAAGAGGAAAGUAAAAUGUCUAUUUCCGAAGGAACUACAUCUGAUAAGUCAGCUACUCCAGUUGAUGAAGUUGUAGCAGAGGAUACACUUUCCCAUAUUGCAUCUGCCUCGACAGCUUCUUUAGCCACUAGUUCAUUCCCUGAGCCAACAACAGAUGAUGUCUCUCCAUCACUGCAUGCAGAGGUUGGCUCCCCUCACUCAACAGAGGUAGAUGACUCCCUCUCUGUAUCUGUGGUUCAGACUCCAACAGCUUUUCAAGAAACGGAGAUCUCACCAUCAAAGGAUGAUAGCCCUAGACCAAUGUCAAUUUCUCCAGAUUUUUCACCCAAGACAGCAAAAUCAAAGACAACUGUUCAAGACCAAAAAUCACCAGAGCAGUCAACUAUGUCAAUGGAAUUUGGUCAAGAAUCUCCUGAUCAAUCCUUAGCCUUAGACUUUAGCAAACAGUCUCCAGAACAUCCAACAGCAGGAGUAAACCAACACAUCACAGAAAAUGGCCCAACUGAAGUCGAUUGCAGCCCUUCUGAUGUUGUUGACCAAAGAUUUGUAGGGCAAUGCAAGUCUACAACAGAACAAGCUCUUCAUUUCAAAGAAGCUGAUUUGUCCCAUCCUGCUGCAGCCUCACCGUCAGAUGGCUCACAGUCUACUCCAUCGGUUAACACGCCUUCCCAGACAUCCUCUCCUGUGAAAGAGGAGUUCCUUAUGGGUUCCUCAGGUCACACUCAGGUGGCCCCUUGUGAAACCAGCAGUUCUGUAUGUCCAGAAAGUUUAAUUUUGAAAGUUGAAGAAACUCCCCAAGAACAGAAUAAGUCAUCUGUCACUCCCAGAAUGUCACCUGUUACCCAUUCUCCACUUUCUUCUGAUUCAUCACCAGUUUCAGGAGGUCCUAUUGCUUCAGGACAUGUGUCCGUUGAUGGUGUGGAAUCUACACAGAAGCAAGAAAACACUCCAAGUCCUAAAGCUAGUUCACCAAUAUCCACUGACACAUUGUCUUGUGUUAGGGGUUCUGAAAUCCAUGAAGGACAGUUUAAAGUUGAUGAUAUUAAAAGGCUUGACACAUCAUCUCCUUUCAGCAUGGAUGUAGCUUCUUCUUCAAUGUCCAGUUAUUCUUACUCUACACAGAAAACAGAAACACUUCCUUUUGCACGAGAGACUAAUCCAUUUAAAUGUGAAGAACGUAAAUCCCCUAGUCCUAAAGUUCUAUCCCCUAUAUAUUCACCACCAUUUUACGACAAUAAAAGUAAAUUUAGUACUUCUCCGAAAUCCACAUUGGAAUCUUACACACACGGCUUUGAAACUAGCUCAGUUCAAAAUGAGGAACUCCGUAGUAAAGCAGAAAGUGAGAAGUGUGCUGGCGGAUCAAGAGAACUAGAUAUCUCAAAAAAUAAGCUUUCUCCACAAUCUAGAACAGAUGUUGAUUUAUGCUUGGUUACCUCUUGUGAAUACCGUCACCCUAAAACUGAAUUGUCCCCGUCCUUCAUUAACCCAAAUCCGCUUGAAUACUUCAUAAAUGAAGGAACUAUUCAGGAAGAUGAAAAACCUUUGACUAAGUCUGGAGGAGGAGCUCCCCCUCCUGGUGGGAAGCCUCAUGCCAAGCAAUGCGAUGAAACACCACCAACCUCUGUGAGCGAAUCCGCUCCUUCUCAGACUGAUUCUGAUGUGCCCCCGGGGACUGAAGAAUGUCCUUCCAUUACUGCUGAUGCAAAUAUUGACUCUGAAGAUGAUUCUGAAACUCUUCCCACGGACAGAACUCUCACGUACAGACAUGCAGACCCCCCACCGGUCACCGUCCGAGAUGCUGCUCCAUCGCCACCUCAUCCUGAUGUCUGUAUGGUAGAUCCAGACGCCAUACCAGUAGAGCCAAGCCAAAAACAGAAAUCCCCUAAGAAAGAGGGCAGUGAAAAGACAAAGAAGAAAAAAAUUAUAAGCAAAUCUAAAGCCUCCUCACCAGCGAGGAAGAGCGGUAGCACAAAGCUGAAUGCCACCAGGGAUUCAUUAGAUAAAGCUUUGAAAACGGCAUCUCCCAAAAAGAAUCGCACAGGACCCAAGGCUCAUGUCAGUGAUGAUGUCAAGGUCAGAGAGGAUAAAGAUGCCAAGAAUGCGACAAAUACUUCUGCCUCAAGGGGUACGAAAAGUGCUUUGUCAGUCACUGGUAAAUCUUCUGGAGGAAUUCCUACACCCAACUGCCCCCCAGUGUACCUGGAUUUGGUAUACAUCCCCAACCACUGCAGUGCGAAAAAUGUUGAUGCUGAAUUUUUCAAACGAGUGCGCUCAUCUUACUACGUCGUCAGCGGUAAUGAUCAGGCAGCACAAGAACCUAGCAAAGCUGUUUUGGACUCCCUUCUGGAAGGCAAAUCUCAGUGGGAGAAUAAUAUGCAGGUCACCCUGAUUCCUACCCAUGACUCAGAGGUUAUGAGGGAGUGGUACCAGCAGACCCACGAGAAGCAGCAGAAUCUCAACAUCAUGGUGCUGGCCAGCAGCAGCACUGUAGUCAUGCAAGAUGAAUCCUUCCCUGCCUGCAAGAUUGAGUUGUAAUUGUGGCGCUCUUGUUGCACUGACCAGAAUGCUUUGCUUUUGUUUGGAAAUUAUCAUUGCUAAAUCAAUGUAAACCAAUACAAAACCGAACAAUACACAAUAAAAAAAUGACAAAAUAAACAAAUGUAGCCACAUGCUAAACAAGUUAUUGACGUAAACACAUAUCAUUAAAAUAUUACAGAUUUUAAUAUCUAAAUAAUGUUUGAAUAUCUGGAAUCACAUUUAAAGGCAAAUGAUUCGGAUGUGUUUAUUAAUUCUUUUUAAAGAAUUUCACCAAAAGACUCCAUACUUUUAUGCAUUCUUGGACAAAUAUAAUGUGCAAUGCCGUUACAUCCACAGUAAUUUACCUCCUGUCAAAGAAUCAUAUUCUCAGUUAAUGCAGUUCUAACACUAUUUGCUGUUACCAUUUGAUGUCAUUCGUUCUGAAGUAAACUACAUGCUCAGUAGUAAUGUCUAUUAAACACCAAAAUGGAACUGAAGACUGUUUGGAUAGUGAAGGUAGGUGACUGUGUUGAGUGGAGUUUAACCAAAAUACUGUCAGCUAUGCCUCUGUACCCUAAUAUCUUAUAAUGCUCAGAUAGACACAUUAGUUAAUACUGAAUUCUGACCUUAGGUAUACGCCAAAGGUUAAGAGUAUGUCCGUCUCUUUAUGCCUUAGAAAAUUUGAAUGUAGAAUGUGAUAAUGAACUUCUUCUGAGAUACAGCAUGUGUCUGAGACAAAAACUAGUACCAUUAAAACACCAUAACAUGUGAAAUCUAGAGCAGCUCUGCAUGUCUAUACUCCUACUUUGGUCCAUCUUACAAAUAAAUUUUAAAACACAAUUCAGUGAAUAAUCAAACAAGUAAUGUGUAUGUGGUAAAUUUGAAAUAUUUGACUACAAAUAUUCAGCCACAGGUGCCCUUAAUGUUUAUCUCUAGCUGAAUAUCUGAAUAAGCUGAAUAAGCAGGACAAAUUGAUGAAUUACAGAUCUGAAAUGUCCUGCAGCUUCAUUCAUAGUCCAAUGUCCAAUUUGCUCAUUCAUUUCUAAUAGUGAAUAUUUUUAAAAUGGUGAACAUUUUUUUUUAAAUUUCAUCAUUUUUCAGCAAAAUUAACAUUUUUAUUUAGCCUGUUCACUAUUAGAACUGUAUUCCUGGAUUGGUAACUAACAAGAAAAAGCCUGCUAGGUUGUGGAACAUUUGUUUGGUACAUGAAACGUAAUACUUACAAUUACUUAGAAUUUGAUUUUUUUUACUGUACUAUAAUUAUAAAUAACUGUGGCAGGGUGAAUGGUUUUAAGAAAUCUGCAUAUACACUGAACUAUUCAUUUUUAGGAAGUUGUUCUGCCAGCAGAACAUGGAAGAUAUUCUCUGUGAAAAAUAGUAAUAAUAAUUAAUAUUCUGCCCUGUGUAGAUUCGGAAUGUCACCAUCGUUACUUUCAUCGUGAGGCAGUGUGGGGUAGAAUCACAUAAACCAGCAAGAGGUUUUACAUGUGGAAAAUAAUUUCUUCAAACAAGAAAUUAGUUGCAUCAGUCAGGGUUAGUGUGCUCCAGUAAAUAUUCCUAAAGAUUUAGAACAUUUACUUUUCCUUUAUUUAAAAUGACGACAUGAGAAGAUCAAAAUUUGUAGUGUAAGUUAAGAUAUUUAAGUUAAAACAUUUCACACGUAGCCACACCAUGCACAGACUUUCAGCCUUAUUAAUAGUUGAUUGCCUGCAUUAAGAAUGCUCACAGGUAUGUCGGUACCCAUCGCAUUAAAAAAUGUAAAAUACCAUAUAGACAGAUGCCUCAAUCAAAGGGUAAAACUAAGAAUAAAAAUAUUUCCAGUUUUCUCUCUUUCACCAGUACACUCAACCUGAUGCAAUCCCUUUAAACACGCGCAUGAACUUCCAGUUGUCUCACCAUUGACAAACUGAAAACACCA